CCAUGCAACUUAUUUCUAAGAAAAGCAAAGUGUCUGUACUUGGUAAGGGACACGUUUUAAUGAAUAUUUAUAAUUAUGAUGGAUAAAUACCCCAUGGCAAAGUCCCCCCUGACCUGCAGGACCAGGAGAGAUCUGCUGUGAGUCCGAGCUGAUAAAGAAUUCCGGAUUUCUGAUACCUCCAGUUCCAUCAGGGAGUUCACUCCAGCUGAUUUUGUGUCCCACCCUGGUCCCUGUGGCCUCUCCACUCCAUGGCCCCCCUGGCACAGACCCUGGCACUGCUGGCAAUGACCGUGGCCACCACAGCUGUGGAGGUGGUGACCCUGGACAUGGCCCAGGACUCCUUCGAUGACCAGUACCGGGGCUGUGGCCCUGCCAUGACCGCGGCAUUGCCGGCCCUCAACGGCUCCGAGUUCCAGCAGAACCCUCUCUUUGCCCAGGCCUGGGUGAAGGCCAGAGCCAAGUGGCAGAGUCGGGGGUCCCCUGUGUCCCCUCUGUCAUCCCCAGCCCAGGCCAUCGCCCUCAUGGCCUACACGAUGGAUGACGUGUACAGAGAGUUCAACGCGGCCGUGCGCACGGCUGGGUCCUCCAGCCAGGAAUACCGGGACAACUUCCACUUCAAAACGCUGCAUUUCCUGCUGACCCAGGCACUGGCCACACUGAGGGACACUCGGGGACCUCAGUGUCACAACGUGUACCGGGGGGUGCGCGGGGUCAUGUUCAAGGCAGAGCACGGUGACAUUGUCCGGUUCGGUCAAUUCACGUCGGCGUCACAGAGUGAAACACUCUCCCAGAUGUUUGGGAGAGACACGGUGUUCCAUGUGCACACGUGCCAUGGUGCAGAAAUCCGGGAAUUCUCCAGCUAUCCUGGCGAGAAGGAGGUGCUGAUCCCACCCUUUGAGACCUUUGAGGUCGUCGAAGAAAGCCAGGAAGGGGAAAGUGCAUGGAUCCAGCUCCGCUCCACCGGGACCUUCAGCAAAUACAGCUGCGAGUGGCUGGGAGGGGACACUACAGGUGGGAGCGUCCCCAGGGCCCCCUUCCAUGUCGGAGGACUCCUCCUGGCCACCACAACCCUGGCAGUGGCCACUGGGAUCCUCUGAGCUACGAGACCACCACGGCCUCCAAGGUCACUGUGGUCACUGUGGCAAGCAUGGCCACCUUGGCACCAAGGUCACUGUCAUCACUGUGGCCACCACGAUCACCAUGACCACCAUGACCCCCAGAGAAACGAGGCCACCAAGGCUACCAAGGCCACCACAGCCACUCUGGCCACCUUGGCAGCUAUUGCCACCAUGAGGUCACUGGGGCCACCACUGUUACGGUGGCAACUGCUGCCACCACAGCCACUCUGGCCACCAUGGUCACUGUAACCACCAAGGCCACUGUGGCCACCUUGAUCACCAAGACUCCUUGAGCCACAAAGGUACAACAGCCACUGGGACCACUGUGGCCAUCAGUAUCAUUGUGCAAAGCAAUUCUAAUAAAUAAUUCUAUCAAAACAA